AUGUGGUUAGCUGUUCUAAAAAGACUUAAGACUAAGGACAGAUUGCUAAGAUUUCAUGUAACAGAUAAUGCAGAAUGCAUUCUCUGUAGCAGGAGUACAGAAUCAGUAGACCAUUUAUUCUUUGAUUGCCCAUACUCAUUUGACUGUUUGGAAAAAGUUAAAGAUUGGCUGAAUUGGGGUGUGAGUUCAACAUCUUUACCAAGAAUAAUUAGGUGGAUUGGAAAGGCCAAGCUUAGCAAGUUUAAGAAGAGCUUGUAUUCGGCAGUCACUGCAGCUCUUGUAUACCAGAUUUGGCGCACCAGAAAUUGUAAAUUGUGGCUGUCAACUUUGGAAAGUACUGAUGCAAUAGUGCUCAAAACUAAGGAUGCAGUUAAACAUAGAGUCAUGUGUAUGUGGCCUAGGAAUGUAACUAAAAGAGAUAUAGAUUGGUUUAAUACAUUGUAA